AUGCUCACACUUACAGAGCAGCCAUCCUCCUGUGGACUCACCACCUGCAGAGGCACCCACGUCCUGACGGAGGAUGUGGUAUAUCGGGAGGUGACAGCGGACCACCGGCUCCUCACCAGACGUCUGCUGAUGAAGACCAAUCGCCUGCCUCGCUGGGCAGAGUGCUUGUUCCCCUCUGGCAUAUCUCGCUCCGUCUACAUUGUGGAGGACUCGGUUGUGGACCCUGUCAACAGGAGCCUGACCACAUACACAUGGAACCUGAACCACACCACUCUCAUGUCAGUGGAAGAACGCUGCAUCUUCACAGACUCUGAGGAGCAGCAGGCCACCACUCUGCUCAAACGAGAAGCCUGGGUUUCCUCAAGCAUUUAUGGCUUCUCCAGGCCGAUCCAGGAAUUUGGAUUGGCUCGCUUCAAGAGUAACCAGGGAAAGGCGAUGAAAGGGCUGGAAUAUGCACUGUCUAAUUUACAAGGAGAGGCGUCCCAGCGGCUGCUCCGGGGCUCCGUGAAGGACACGUCGGCCAAAACUCUGACCACUACAGCCGCCCCCCAGAAGCCGCCGCAAUACGUCUGA